UCACAUGACGAUACGGCCGUUUGGUCGCCCCUGUCAUCAUUGUACCUGCCGACCAUGAGGAAGCUCGAGCCCGUCAGGCUACCGAAUCUGUGCAAUUGCCUCCCGGCCAGACCGCUCACAAAAAUGCAUAAGAAGGAGCGGUCAAGAUACCUUCUUGGAAAGAUUCGAACGCCAUUGGACCUGUAGUCUGCAAUCGCUUCAGCGAAAAGCCAUUCAUCAUCUUACCAUUUCAUUGCAAUGCGCCCAACUGCGUGGCUAGCAGUAGCCAGCUGGGUGACCCUCGGCCAUGGGCAGAACACCACCUCCUUCUCGGCGGACGCCAUCGAGGCCAUCAUCCGAAAACUGCACCUUCUCUCUGAUGAUUUGGCCGAGGCCGGUGCCCAAAAAAUUGCUGCUUUCGCCACCACUGCCCAGAAGUCGAUUGACGACACUCUGAAGAGCUCAUGGGAGAACGGGACGCUGAGCGAUGAGCGGAAACUUACGGACCCGGAAGCUUUCUACUCUUACGGAUGGAGUCCACCGAUAUAUCCUUCUCCCCAAGGCCAGGGUUCCGGUGAUUGGUCCACCGCCUACGACUCUGCGAGAGCGCUCGUCUCACAGAUGACCGUCGCCGAGAAGGUUAAUCUCACCAUUCCCGCUGGAGACUUCGACUUCGCCGGCUGCACUGGCUUCUCGGGAACUGUGCCACGUCUCGGCUUCUCUGGGCUCUGCUUGAUGGAUGGACCGGCCGGACUGAGGGGCGCAAAUACCCCAAACGUGAGCGGCUUCCCGCCAGGAGUGAGCAUUGGAGCAAGUUUCAAUCGCACGCUUUCGUACUUGCAGGCGCACCAACUCGGUGUGGAAUCUCGUGCAAAGGGAGUCAACGUCGUGUUCUCGCCCAUGGUCGGACCGCUUGGACGAAUCGCAAAAGGAGGCAGGAAUUGGGAAGGAUACUCCAACGAUGCCUAUCUUGCCGGUCAGAUGGUCUACCCUGCGAUCAAAGGGCUGCAGGAGAACGUCAUUGCUACUGUGAAACACUUUAUUGGCAACGAACAAGAAACGCUGAGGAAGCCGUACUUCUCGGGACUGCUGCAGCCGGCUGGCGUUACAUUGUACUCCUCGGUUUCGUCGAACAUCGAUGAUCAGACCAUGCACGAGCUGUAUCUCUGGCCUUUUUACGAUGCCGUCAAGGCAGGAGCAGGAUCGGUGAUGUCGUCGUAUAAUCGAUUGAACAACUCUUGGGCUUCUCAAAACAGCAAGCUGUUGAACGGAUUGCUCAAGACAGAGCUCGGGUUUCAAGGAUUCGCCUUGACGGUCUCAGAUUGGAGCGGCCAGCACACCGGCGUUGCUUCUGCCAACGCUGGCCAGGACAUGGUCAUGCCGCGCCCGACAUACUGGGGCUACGGCCAGCUCGAGGCUGCCGUGAACAACGGCUCUGUCGACAUCACUCGUCUAGAUGACAUGGCCACUCGUAUCGUCGCCAGCAUGUCCCGCUUUGCCAACAUCUCCAAUCCUGGCAUCGAUUACCACAACGAUACCGACCCUUCCAGCGAGCUUACCACGCAGGUUCUGCUCGAAGCCGCCAUUCAAGGCCAUGUUCUUGUGAAGAACAACGGCGUCCUUCCGUUCAGCACGCCCAAAGUCUUGUCUUUAUUUGGCUACGAUGCAGUCAGCGGUCUGAAUACCUCCCUCGAGGCCGGCGACUUCUACGAUGUCUGCCUUGGUAACAGCCAAUAUUAUUCCGACGGUCAAAACCUCACCGUCUUGGAGCUCUCGCUCUCUCUUGCUGGUGCCACCUCACCGACCUUCUCCUUUCCAUCCAUUGCCCGGAACGGCACCCUUAUCGCUGGCGGUGGCUCAGGAGGCAGCACUCCUUCAUACAUGGUCUCUCCAUACGAUGCCAUCGUUCGCCAAGCUGCGUCCGACGAGACCACGCUCUUCACCGACUUCUCCGAAGCACCCACGGUCCUUGAGCCGAUUAGUCCAUGCCUGGUGUUUAUCAACACUCAGUCAGUCGAGUCCGCCGACCGUACCGAGUUGGCCGACGAAUUCUCCGACAACCUCGUUCUGAGGGUCGCGGACCAGUGUGCCAAUACUAUCGUCAUUAUCCACAACGCUGGAAUACGGCUCGUCGACGAGUGGAUCGAUCACGACAACGUGACAGCGGUCGUAUACGCCCAUCUGCCAGGCCAAGCCAGCGGCGACGCCUUAGUAUCAAUCCUGUACGGAGACACCAGUCCGUCCGGCCGCCUGCCGUACACCGUCGCCAAACGCGAGUCAGACUACGACACCCUCGGACUCCUCAACCCAACGCUACCAACCGCCGAAGACCCGCAAUACGCCCAGUCCAACUUCACCGAGGGCCUGCUCAUCGACUACCGCGCCUUCUUGGCACACAAUAUCACGCCUCGCUACCCCUUCGGCUUCGGACUGACGUACUCUGAAUUCGCAUACUCAGACUUGACCAUCACACAGCACUGUGGCGUCGACCGCUCGGCUCUGCCACCAGAUGCAAGCGAAUACGACUCUCGCCCGCACCCGGAAGGCGGGUUAGAGUCACUGUACGACAUUCUCACGACCGUUGCUGUCAGUGUGCAGAAUAUGGGCAACUUCACUGCGGCGGAGACUGCGCAGCUGUACCUUUCUGUUCCGGGAAGAGGGAUGGUGUUGAGGGGAUUCGAGAAGCAGAUGCUGCAGCCGGGCGAGAAGCAGAAGUUCCAUUUCGAUUUGAGGAGAAGGGACCUUAGUGUUUGGGACGUGGAGAAGCAGCAUUGGUUUUUGCAGGAGGGUGAGUAUGAGGUUAUGGUGGGGAGGAAUGUGCUUGACGAGGAGGGUUUGAAGGACAGUUUUGAGCUCUGAACAGGUGCUGAGGUCGUACGAAGUGAUCAACGCCGUACUCGAUGGAAGCUGCAUUUCUAUCG